AUGGAGAACAGAGGCGCGAGAGGAGACCAUGGCCGCCUCAACCUCGACCACCACCAGCUGCUGCUGCGGCCGGCGGCAGCGUGGAGCUUCUCCGCCGGCGGCGGCGUGCCGUGGCCGGUGGCCGCGCAGAGGUCGUCGUCGUCGUACACGUGCGGGUACUGCAAGAGGGAGUUCCGGUCGGCGCAGGCGCUAGGGGGGCACAUGAACGUCCACCGCAGGGAGAGGGCGAGGCUCCGGCACUACUACUCCCACAGGCUUCCCAACCUCAAUCUUUUGCCGCCGCUGUACUGCUGCACCAGCAACACGACGCCGACCCCGCCGGCCGUAUACAGCUUCUUCUCCACGACGGCGGCCGAGGUGGCGACGAAGCCUGCUGCAUUAGAGGUGAACUUGGAGCUUGAUGUUGGAGAAGGGUUCGGUGAUGCAGGUUUGGAUCUUGAGCUCAGGCUUGGUUGCUCUUGA